UCACCAGUCACCACCAACUCAAACGCGUCUUCAGGAGCUUUGCUGGCUUCAGCGGUGGAGACAAAGUAACAGUGAGAGUUGCUGCCAUGGUGUCCAGUGAGGUCAGAAUCCAGAUAGCGGGGGAGCUGCACGGCCAGCCGGGAUGUGCUCCGUCCCCGGAGCCGCCUCUCCUUCGCGUCCCGUCGCGGGCCGCCGGCGCUUCUUCCAUGGAAGCUGCUGAUCAUGCCGUCGUUUCCGGUGGCAGGACCACCAAGGAAGCGGCCGCGGCUGCUUACGCUGAGACGCCGAGCUCUGUCUUGAUCAGCGUCCCGGGCUCGCCGUCGGGGCUCCACCUCGCGCAGCUCGGCAAGCCGCCGUUCGUCCGCGCCAACAAGGCCGACGUGGGCUCCCCUGCCGUGCCGCCGAGCGAGCCGAAGGUCGAGCGGGUUCACCACCCGGCCGUGCCGCAGCUGCUGAAGCAGGCCCGGCACCACUCGCAGCCGUCCUUAGUGGUCAGAGUCGGCGGCGAAGUGCCGGCGGUGCCGCGGAGCGACAGCAUGCGGGAGCGAGACCGGCGGUUUGACCAGUUUAAGACGUUCUCUGGCCGCCUUGAGAGGCAGCUCUCCAGCCUCCGCGGGGUGCCACAGGACACCGGCGUCGAGAAAGGUGCGGCGUCAAAGAUCUCAGAGGUAGAUACCGACGAGGACGAUCAAGUGCCCACCGCCGACCGCUACUUCGCCGCGCUCGAAGGCCCCGAGCUCGAGACCCUUCGUUCGACAGAAAUGGCGGUGCUACCCAAGGACGAGCUAUGGCCGUUCCUGCUCCGGUUCCCGAUCAGCGCCUUUGGGAUGUGCCUCGGCGUGAGCAGUCAGGCCAUGUUGUGGAAGACCCUCGGGUCGGAGCCAUCCACGGCGUUCCUUCACGUGCACCCGGCCGCCAACCACGUCCUCUGGUGGGUCUCCGUAGCUCUCAUGGUGGUUGUCUCCAUCACCUACCUCCUAAAGGUCGUCUUCUACUUCGAGGCUGUCCGCCGCGAGUUCCACCACCCCGUGCGCGUCAACUUCUUCUUCGCACCUUGGAUUGCCUGCCUCUUCCUUGUCAAGGGCGUGCCGCAUCCGGUAUGGGAGAUCCACCACGCCGUAUGGUACCUGCUCAUGGCGCCCAUCCUAUGCCUCGACCUCAAGAUCUAUGGCCAGUGGAUGUCUAGCGGCGAGCGGCGCCUCUCUAAGGUGGCCAACCCUUCCAACCACCUCGCGGUGGUCGGAAACUUCGUCGGCGCGUUGCUCGGCGCUAGGAUGGGCCUCCGGGAGCUGCCAAUCUUCUUCUUCGCCGUCGGGUUGGCACACUACGCCGUGCUUUUCGUCACUCUCUAUCAGCGGCUCCCCACCAACGUGCAACUCCCCAAGGAGCUCCACCCGGUCUUCUUCUUAUUCGUUGCUGCCCCGAGUGUUGCCUCCAUGGCGUGGUCGAGGAUCUCCGGUGAGUUCAGCGAUGGCGCUAAGCUCCUUUACUUUGUCUCGCUCUUCCUUUACGUGUCGCUAGUGGUGCGUGUCAACCUCUUCCGGGGGUUCAAGUUCUCACUGGCAUGGUGGGCGUACACAUUCCCGAUGACUAGCGUGGCCCUAGCGACUGUGUUGUAUGCAUCAAAGGUUGACAACGUGUUGACGCGGGCUAUGGCUGUGGGGCUAUCGGGGAUCGCCGUCGUCACGGUCACCGCUGUGCUUGCAACCACCGUUUACCAUGCCUUCGUGCGCGGCGACCUCUUCCCCAACGAUGUGUCGAUCGCCAUCACCAGGCGAAGACCCAAGUUCAGCAAGAUCCUCGCACACCUUCGAUCAUCUAGCUCUGACGCUAAGGAGCUCGUUCUCUCCAUUCCAAAUUCCAGUUCCAAUUCCAAUUCCAAGCAGGGCGUCUACUCCGACAAUUCCAGGACGAGCAGCUGUGCUGGCGAGUCUCCGGUGGCACACGGGCCUGGACGAUCAGAGUGUUAGAAGACUGGUGCACAACAUGGUGCAUGCACGCACGCCUAGCUUAUGUUGAUUAGUAGAACUUGUAAUAGAUUUCUCUAUGUUUUUUCUUCAUUCGUUUUUGUCUUUAUGAACUUCCUGGACGUAGUUGCGGAUUAGGAGUGAUAUCCUUGAGCAAUUUAAAUUGCCAUGAUAGUGAUAUAAUUGCCGGAAUUAACGGCCGAGCCUGUAAAUUUGGUGGUCAUACUCUUGUUGAACGAAAUGAAGUUAUUAAAUUUCUUA